AUGGCCUCUGGUGUGGCUGUCUCUGAUGGUGUCAUCAAGGUGUUCAGUGACAUGAAGGUGCGCAAAUCAUCGACACCAGAGGAGGUGAAGAAGCGCAAGAAGGCGGUACUCUUCUGCCUGAGCGAGGACAAGAAGAACAUCAUCCUGGAGGAGGGCAAGGAGAUUCUGCUUGGGGAUGUCGGCCAGACUGUGGACGACCCCUAUGCCACCUUUGUCAUGAUGCUGCCGGACAAAGACUGCCGCUACACCCUGUAUGAUGCAACCUACGAGACCAAGGAGAGCAAGAAGGAGGACCUGGUGUUCAUCUUCACUUCUAUGGAGCAGUCUGACUGUUCUUAUUCCAAAUCAGUGAAUUCUUCUGGCAUCCCUGCACCAGGCCCGGGACUCCGUGGGGCGGGCUCGGGGCCAGGCUCGGUCAGGACGCCCACGGUUUCCCAGGUCCAGAGCAGCGCGCUGUGCGGGGUCGCCGCCACACAUCCAUCCACUUGGAGGGCGCUCGGCAGCCGAGUCACGCGCUGCGGACCAGAGAGGGGCGAUGCGGUCCGCUCUGCUGGCCCAGACCUAGGGGACUGGGGGCAAGCAGGCACCUCACUGGUCAAGCUCAGGGCUGUGGGUGCCUCGCUGGACAGCACUCUGUGCUGCGCGCACCCGGGGGCUGGUAGCAUCAGACCUCGCUUGCUAGCAGAGCUGUGCGCCCCGCUUUCUACCCCGGAGGAAGCGGCUAAAUUGGAGAACCACCAGACCGUCUCCCCCUUUCCCCGGAGCCAGCGGGCAGAGCAGUGA